UUUCUACAUUCUUGUAUUUCCCGUUAUUUUCCAUCCAUUUUCUGUGCUGUGCUGGCUCUCUGUAUAUUCCUCUCUGCUCUCUUCUUCUCCCUCCCUCUUUCUCUCCUCCUCCUGUUCUCUGGUUCUUUCCUCUUUCCUCCUCCCUCUCUCUCUCUCUCUCUCUGUGCUUUUUGCUCUAAUGCAUUUCACACUCAUGCCCUGAUAUUCAAUACAAUCUUUAUUCACUAUCCCGAGAGGUUGCCCUUACGAGGGUCAGACUACCGUGUGCUGCCACUGUUUCAGCUGGGGUGUAUAAAUGGAGGGGGGCUAUUUCCGAGAGACACUUGGACCAUGGAAGAAAGCUCUAUUUAUCUGCUGUAUAUAUGAACAUCUCCGGUCUACAUGAGUCUCGUACUGCAAUGUAUAGCAAUGGUAUUAGAAGACCUUACAAAUUGUCGGAAAAAGCUGUGGAUGGAGAAAUGGUAAUAAUACCGUGUGCUUUUCUACAAAAUUAUAAAAUGAGGACCUAAGUGGAGUGUACAGUCUUCCCUACUUGCUCUUCCAGGCAUCAUUUCUCUUCAACAUCAAAGUUAAGGCACUUCAUGUCCUCAAGUGGUACUGUUGUUGGUUAUUUGUGGGGUUAGGAAGUUCUUCAUGCCACCCCCUUUUUGCGAAGAGAAAAAUCAAUCCCUUCAUUCCAUGUCCAUGAAAACCUUCUGAUGAAAGGUCCCUAGAUCCUCUCUCUGCCUCGGUCACGCAACAGCACACUUAUUCCAUGCCCACAACCCCCCCUCCGCCUGUGUCUGCCAUGAAGGAGGAUCACUCAUUACUAUAAAGAAGAGGAAUAGGAGGAGGUAGAAAAAAAAAAUAUAUUUUUUCUACAGAAAAGGAAAACACGAAAGAGGAAAAGAUGUACGAAUCUGGUCUGUUGAGCUAGACUGUGGAAUAAGCCCUGUGAGGUGCAAGAAAGGGUUCUCUGUGUGGAUUGGAUGCUUCCUCUGACCAUGCUGUGUUGGAUUUACAAAUACCAGAAACGUGUCAUGGAGAAUCUACUAUAGACAACAGGAGGAAACAUAUGCCUUCCGUUUUCUAAAAAAAAGGGUCAUAUCCAAAUUCUUCAGAUUACUAAAAUAUAGCCUUGAUUAAGAAGAAACCACUGCAACAUGGUGGUCACGACAACUACUACAACCACGGCAGCAACUGCUUCUGCCAUGGCUACCACAACAGCGACUGCUACCACAGUUGCCAUGACCACCGCUACUUUGGACUUGCGUGAUUGGCUGUUUCUGUGUUAUGGACUUAUUGCAUUUUUGACAGAGGUGAUAGAUAGCACUAACUGCCCUUAUGUAUGCCGCUGUGACAAUGGCUUCAUCUACUGUAAUGACCGAGGUCUGACCUCCAUUCCAGCAGAGAUUCCAGAUGAUGCAACCACCCUCUACCUCCAGAAUAAUCAGAUAAACAACGCUGGGGUACCACCAGAACUGAAAACCAAGACAAAUGUUCGAGUGAUCUACUUGUAUGAGAAUGACUUAGAUGAAUUUCCACUAAAUCUUCCUCGAUCACUGAGGGAGCUCCACCUUCAAGAUAACAACAUUCGCAGUGUUACACGGGAUGCCCUUUCUCGGAUACCACUUGUUGAAAAACUUCACCUAGAUGAUAACUCUGUGUCAACUGUUAGCAUCGAAGAUGAUGCCUUCUUAGAUACUCGUCAACUUCGACUGCUUUUUCUUUCACGCAACCAUCUCAGCAGCAUUCCCAAUGGCUUACCACACACUUUGGAAGAGCUUAGAUUGGAUGAUAAUCGCAUUUCAACUAUCCCACUUCAUGCUUUUAAAGGACUCACUAGUUUGAGGAGGUUAGUACUUGAUGGAAACCUACUGGCUAAUCAACGCAUUGCAGACGACACAUUCAGUCGACUUCAAAAUUUGACUGAGUUGUCUCUAGUUAGAAAUUCAUUAGCACAGCCACCUCUAAAUUUGCCAAGUGCACACCUUCAGAAGCUUUACUUGCAGGACAAUGCUAUCACUCAUAUCCCCUACAACACUCUGUCUAAAAUGAAACAACUACAGAGACUGGACCUCUCUAAUAAUAACCUUACUGCACUCCCCCGUGGCCUUUUUGAUGACCUGGAAAAUCUGAGCCAGCUGCUUCUCAGGAAUAAUCCCUGGUAUUGUGGUUGCAGUCUUAUGUGGCUACGGGACUGGGUGAAAGCUAGGGCUACUGUGGUAAAUGUGCGUGGCCUGAUGUGUCAGGGUCCUGAGAAAGUUAGGGGAAUGGCAAUCAAAGAUAUCACACAUGAGAUGGAUGAGUGUUUCGAAGGAGGUCCCCAAAGCAAUUCAGCCUCUGCACAUGCAACUCCUGCACUUCCUUCAAUCACUACCCCACCCCAAGGUUCCCUUUUUACACUUAAAUCCAAAAGACCUGGUAUUCGGCUGCCAGAUUCAAACUUGGAUUACCCUAUGGAGACUGGGGCAGCCACUAAAUCUUUGGUGAUAAGUGUCAAGCCACUGACUGCUGAUAGCAUUCGCAUUACCUGGAAGUCAUCUGUUCCAGCCAGUUCCUUCCGGUUGAGUUGGCUGAGACUAGGACACAGCCCAGCUGUUGGUUCUAUCACAGAAACAUUAGUUCAAGGAGAUAAGACAGAGUAUUUGCUAACUGCGCUAGAGCCCAGAUCCACCUACAUAAUUUGUAUGGUAACUAUGGAAACAGGCAACACCUACUUUGCAGAUGAAUCCCCUGUAUGUGCUAAGGCAGAAACAGGGGAUAUUUAUGGCCCUACAACUACACUUAAUCGAGAGCAAAAUGCAGAUCCCUUGGCUGGAUUACCUUUGGCAGGCAUCAUAGGAGGUGCCGUCACCCUUGUCUUCCUUUUUCUCAUCUUGGCAUCUAUUUGCUGGUAUGUCCAUCGAGCUGGUCAACUGUUAACUCGAGAAAGAGCCUGCAGCCGUGGCAGCCGAAAGAAAGACGAUUACAUUGAGUCUGGCACCAAGAAAGAUAAUUCUAUAUUGGAGAUCAGAGGGCCAGGGCUUCAAAUGUUACCAAUAAAUCCACACAGGGCCAAGGAGGAGUAUGUGAUCCAUACCAUAUUUCCAUCUAAUGGCACCAGUCUGUACAAAAGUACCCACACGAUAGGUUAUGGCACUCACAGGGGAUAUAGAGAUGCUGGUAUCCCUGACACAGACUAUUCUUACACAUGAUGAAUCAUUUUUUUUUUUUUUUGGACUUACCAGAUACCUUCCCAUAGCAAAAUCUCGUUUUUUUCCUGGUGCCCACAAAUGAUUCAUGACAAAAAGUGCAAGUUAAAUAAAUAGAAAUUAAAUAAACUUCAGCUGUGAGACAAAAGCAAAAAAAAAAAACACAACAGGAAACGAGACUCCAUGGGAUAUUUUGUAGGAAAGUAAAAAUACCAACAUUCAUAUGGCAAAACCUGAGAAUAAAGAAGAGAGUAGUAGUUGAAAGGGUUGUGUGAGAACUCGAUUACAUUUAAUACAGCAGUUUAAAUCAUUGUAGAACAAGGAGAUAAAUUCAGAGAGAUGGAAGCACUUGGAUACGAUUUGCAUAUAACCUGAGGGUUUCUUUUUUUCAUUUUCCUUUUUCCCUUCUGUUAAAUUCAGGGUGAAAAUGAAGACAUGGUGCAAUGAAUAUUUGUUAACGUCUGUCACCAAUAGAACGUAUAUAUUUUUUUCUCUGCAAGGUCUUUUUUUUUUUUUUUUUUACAAAUUGUUUUAUCACUAGUGGAAAUAAAUGAUAAACCAGAGGCAAAUAAUUGUGCAGAUGAGAGAAUUUUUUUUCUACAGCAAAUCUGUUGUCAUAGAUUUAAAGUGAACUUUCAUUAAUUUCCAAAAUAUUGAUUUGAACUGAAUGACAUAAAAAUAGUUGUAAAUUGAUGCGUUACUUAUGAUAGACUUUACUAGACUUUUUUUUAUCUAGUCUCUGUGGAAACCUUUACUGACACUCAAAUCCUUCAGCAGACAUCUGUAGCGUGUGAUGGUAAUAUAUGCGUGUUCAGUAUCCCAAUGUAUCAUAUACUCCAGCUAACCAGAAGAAUCGUGUGUUGGUUAAUUAGGCAGGGAAUGACAGUCUCGUUGACAAUGCUUUGCAGGCCCUCUCAUUAAUCUGAAAAGGCAGUCUUUCUGAAGCAGGAGGAAUCCGGAAAGUACAAAUGAAAUUUCCAUUAUAUAACAUUUUGUUGCAGAUUGUUGAGUGAGUUUAGAUGGUUUCAAAAUUUGUGGAAGGAUUCUAAAUUGGUGUACUGAAAAAAUAUAUAGCAGACAAUAAUUUAUAAUUCUAAAAACCCAUUCUGUAGAAUCCAUACUGUAGGCACAGCUUUUUAAAGGAGUGUUUGUUUGCUCAGGAAGUCAGCUGGAGCCACAACGUGAAUUAUACUAUAACUGACAUAUACAGUCUAUAUUAAAAGUGAACCGAAAACAAUAAUGUUAACAUUAAGGUAUUUUUUACAGUCUUGUUGGGAUGGAUAUAAAAAGACUUACAGAAGGGCUGAAACGUUUCCUGGAGAAAGGCAUUUUGACAGUCUUGUUGGAAUGGAUAUAAAAAUAAUUACAGUAGGGCCGAAUUGUUUCCUGGAGCAAGUUCUAUUCCAGGUUCCCUCCUGUGCUAGUAAGGCAUGCGUACUUGGUUGAAUUAUCUGCGCUAAGGGAGAGGAUUGGCAAAUGUGAAUGUUGGUUCAAUUGAUCACAUGACCUAGUGACUAGGCUUUCAGACAUGUGGCAAGCAUUGCAGAGAAAUUUGAGUAGCAUUUUCACAAGGCAAGGUACACAUUUCAGGCCUUUUAUCGAUUGCUAUUAUACCAUCCCAUCAAUACUGGUAACAAUGUUAAGCAUCCGAGCACAGGUCCGCUUUACGAUUUCUAUAAAUACAUUGAAGGAAGUAAUUUUAUCCAUCACUGCUCGAAAAUCUCGAACAUAUAUCAUUACACUUCAGUGUUUUUCAUCCAAGAACAUAGAAAAUAUAUGGUAAGCCAUAAAAAAGCACUUUUUUAAAUUAUUUCAUAAGCAAACAAUAGAGAUGCAGCCAUUUUUGAAUAGAAUGGCAAGACUACAUUAGGGUUUAUUUACUAGAGGCAAAUAUGAUGUUUACUUUGCAAGUGCAAAACUCUUCAAGCAAAAUUUCCCCAGAGCUUAAUGAAUGAGGUGAAGAACUGCAUUUUAAUGCAUUUUCCUUGCAAGUGAUUGGGUACUCCUUGCAAAGUAAAGUUUUACCACAUUCAGCCCUGGGGAAAAUUCCCUUGAAGAGUGCAACUUCACUUGCAAAAGAACUAUGUAUUUGCCUUAAGUAAACUUUGUUACAGCCAACAUUUUUUGUAGUACCUAAUAUAUCUAACCCUGGUACCUAGAACUUUUUAUCAGAAAGGGUGGUAGCAAGUGAAAUAUCAAUUACAACAAAUUGUGUACUGGUAAUAAAAAGGACAAAAAACAGCUAGGGUGGUAGCAAGUGAGAUAUCAAUUACCAAAAAUUGUGGUGUAAUGGUACUAUAAAAAACA